AUGUACACAAGAGAGGCUGGCAAGGGGCUAAGGGGUCUUCGGGAGCCUGGACUGAAAUUCGGGAAGGCGAAGGAGGUAGGGAUUGCCCUGAGAGCCACUGAGCGGGGCCAGUUUCCUCCGGCUCCCACCCGAACUCCUGGCGCGGGCUGGGUGGGAUCAAGGGCACCUGGAGCCUCCCCGCCCCUCCAGCUCCGCUUCCGACCUCAGCCCCGGGCCGAAGUAGGCGCCGGGGGCAAAAGGCGAGAGUGGAGGGAGGCGCAGGCCUGCGGGGCCUAUGGAGUAGUGAGGGCAGGUUUCGGGGAAGAGCUGAAGAGCGCCACACAUUUCCUCGGGCGAUAA